AUGUAUAACUAUACUCAAAAUCUAGUUCUUGAAGAUGACUACGAAGGAGAGAAUGAUAAAAUGAAAUGGGAAAUGGGAAAUGGGAAAUGGGAAAUGGGAAAUGGGAAAUGGGAAAUGGGAAAUGGGAAAUGGGAAAUGGGAAAUGGGAAAUGGGAAUGGGAAAUGGGAAAUGGGAAAUGGGAAAUGGGAAAUGGGAAAUGGGAAAUGGGAAAUGGGAAAUGGGAAAUGGGAAACAUGAUAUGUAGGGUUAAGAUGUGGAAGGUUGGGGGUUGA